CCUCCUUCCGCCGCCAUGAUUAUCUACCGGGACCUCAUCAGCCAUGAUAAGUUCUCCGACAUUUACAAGAUCCGGGAGAUCAAGAACGGGCUGUGCUUGGAGGUGGAGGGGAAGAUGGUCAGUAGGACAGAGGGUACCAUUGAUGAUUCACUCAUCGGUGGAAAUGCCUCUGCUGAAGGUCCCGAGGGUGAAGGAACAGAUACCACUGUAAUCACUGGAGUUGACAUAGUUAUAAACCAUCAUCUGCAAGAAACUAGCUUCACAAAAGAAUCCUACAAAAAGUACAUCAAAGACUACAUGAAAUCUAUCAAAGGCAGACUUGAAGAACAGAAGCCAGAUAGAGUAAAACCUUUUAUGACUGGAGCUACAGAACAAAUCAAACAUAUCCUUGCUAAUUUUAAUAACUAUCAGUUCUUCAUAGGCGAAAACAUGAAUCCAGAUGGCAUGGUGGCUCUCUUGGAUUUCCGUGAGGAUGGUGUGACCCCAUAUAUGAUUUUCUUUAAGGAUGGUUUAGAAAUGGAGAAAUGUUAACAAAUUCAGCUGAUUACUUUGGAUCACCUGUCAUCAUAACUGGCUGCUGCUUUUUGUCAUCUACACAACACCAGGACUUUG